AUGUCUGUGAGUCCAGAACCAAAUUCUAAUCCAGGUGUGGUAGAACUUCGCGAAGAUGUCCCACUAAAGCAGUACCAUACGACAGCUGGUGGUCUCUGCGCUGGUGGACCCCGGAUCAUCAUUGGAGCGUUUGCCACUCUAACAGUCGCUGUAACAAUCGCCCUCAUCACUCAAAUAUAUUACGGAGACUACCAAGUUGUACCUCACGGCUCCGUCUCCUCAUCUGCAGCAGAAUGCAGCAGUAUCGGAACCAGUAUAAUGAGAGCCGGUGGCCGGGCUAUAGACGCUGCAAUUGCGAGCUCAUUUUGCCUGGCUGUUGUAGCGCCGCAUAGGACAUCAUUGGAUGCGAGUGGAUCACUUCUAUACUGGGAAUAUCGGCGUAUGCCAUAUCUCCAGCCUGCUGUAAUGGAAUGGGGCGGUAUUCGGAGCUCACUAGACCCAAACCCUGUACCAAGAUUGGUCUUAGGACUGGCGGCAUUACACGAUAAGUACGGGACAAUGCCAUGGCCGAAGUUAUUACAACCAGCUAUUGAUUUGGCAAGAAGUGGCUUCAAUAUAUCAGCGGGGCUCGCGAUUGCCAGCGCUUCGCAAUUAUCGCCCGGGUACGUCGCAGGUACAUUGCGUACUGAACCACUUCUAGCAGAUUACUUGCAAACAUUACAACAGAAUAGUAGUGCUGAACUCUGCGCAUCGUGGCUCUGUGAGAGCUCCGUUGUAUCAAGUACUGUGGGUACAGUGCGAGCUGGUACGUGGCGAAUUUGGGCUGGUUCGGCGGGUGCGAGGGCAGCUAUUGCACUCUCAACAGCUUUCGAACCUGCGCCGCUAUCUUCUCUCGAGGCAUAUCAUAGGGUAGUAGCUAGUCUGCAGUCUCAAGCAAUAUCAGCAGCUGAUUCAUGGCCCAGUGGUGUUGCAUCUGGAUUAGCUGUAGUGGAUUCACAAGAUACAUAUGUUGCUCUAGUCACUGGUUUAUCGGCCCCCUUUGGUUCGGGCCAAGACACAUUAACCGGAUGGAAACAAGACAUUCCUUCCGCACCGCUUGAUCUAGCGCCAGCUAUUCUCGUCGACGAGUUUGUUUGUGGAACUCGUUAUAUAAUGGGAGCGGAAUCUCUAUCUGCAUUAGCCCAAGGAGCAGCUACAGCGCUCAUGGACGGGCCUUUGAACAUCGUGGAAGCAGUGGAAAGCGCUAGAGUUGCUGUGGAAGCAGGUGGAUCUCUUGCUUUAGAGCCAGACAGAAUAUUGUCUCCAGCCGCUUUAGCAACACUGCUAAAAGGUCCACCGCUUAACGCCACGCUUCCACUUGCGGCACUAAAUUUAGUACAGCAAAGAAGCGAUGAACUUCUGUCACAUGCUGACAGUCGUGGUGGAGGCCUCGCAUCCAGAUUUUAG